AGCAGCGUCUCCUCGAGAAGAAGUUUUUCGUUUGUCUGCCGGCAGCGGCGGCGGCGGGAGGCCGCGGCUGAGCGCCGCCAUGUUGCUGUCCGCUCCUUUUCGGGCCGCCUUCGCGCGUUCGGUGGCACAGAUUCGCUCUCUUCAUGCAACAGCUGCACGCAAUGGUGGUGGUGGAGCUUUGUUUGUGCACAGAGAUACUCCUGAAAACAACCCAAAUACUCAAUUUGAUUUCACGCCUGAAAACUAUAAGCGAAUAGAGGCAAUAGUAAGCAACUAUCCAGAGGGACACAAAUCUGGAGCAGUGAUGUCAGUCCUGGAUCUAGCUCAAAGACAGCAUGGAUGGCUACCUAUAUCAGCAAUGAAUAAGAUUGCUGAGAUUCUAGACAUACCUCCCAUGAGAGUUUAUGAAGUAGCAACCUUUUAUACAAUGUAUAAUCGUAAACCCGUUGGAAAAUACCAUAUUCAGAUCUGCACCACUACGCCUUGCAUGCUUUGUGACUCGGAUAGCAUAUUAGAAGCCAUUCAGAAGAAGCUGGGUAUAAAAGUUGGAGAAACAACACCUGAUAAACUCUUCACUCUGAUUGAAGUGGAAUGUUUGGGGGCUUGCGUAAAUGCACCAAUGGUACAAAUAAAUGAUAACUAUUAUGAAGAUCUGACAACAAAAGACAUAGAAGACAUAAUUGAUGAACUAAAAGCUGGAAAAGUUCCAAAACCUGGACCAAGGAGUGGGCGCUUCUCUUGUGAGCCAGCUGGUGGUCUCACUUCUCUGACAGAACCACCCAAGGGACCUGGUUUUGGAGUUCGGCCAGACCUUUAAGACUAUUGUUCUAGCUGUAAGGAACUACUACAGAAAAUAAAAUCUGAACUGCAUACAGAUGAAAACAUGA